AUUUGAGAUGCUGUCUGUCUUCAUCGCUCUGUUAUCGACUGCUCGCGUCUGUUCGAUGCUCCUCGUGCUCGAUGCUCUAUUACUUCUCAUUUGAAGUUGCGCGCCAAAUGCUGCUUUGACAGUGCUGUUGUUUCGACAUGUUCCUCUUUAUUUUCUAUUAUCUCUGUUUGCUCAUUUAGAGUUCACUCAUAAACAAUAAAAAUGGACUCGCAAUCCUACAAGCCUGUUCCCCCGGGGAUCGGAAUGGAGGAGAAUUUGUUUUCUCUCGAUGAUAUUUUACUUUCUCACGAGAGACUGCCGUGCAGGACUGAGAGCGCGUUCCCGCGACUCGGGUUCCUCGAGAAAUCCAGCGAGACACGCGACAUACCAGAGGGCACAAAGAUGGAGAUGCCACUGUGGCUGGCCAAGGGCCUGUAUGAAAGGAAGAGGCGAGUGCUGUCCGUGGAGCUGCCAAAGGUGUAUCGUGAGGGUUGGAGAACAGUGUUCGGGGCAGAUCCCAUUGUUGUAGACUUGCACAAAAUGGGGCCAUAUUACUAUGGUUUAGGCUCCCAGAUGCUACAUUUUGACAGCCCAGAAAACCCAGAGAUUGCUAAUACCAUCCUCCAGACCUUCAUCGGUCGUUUCCGUCGGACCAUGGACUCGUCCCAGAACGCCUACAAUGAAGACACAUCAGCGCUGGUGGAACGCUUGGAUUGCUUAGAGAGGAGCUUGUUUAAGGCAGGCCAGAGUGGACUAAACAGUUUCCAACUGUGGGAAAAGGGCCGGUCCUCUCACCUCACUGCCUCUAGUCUAGUUAUCAACUACAGAAAGAGGAAAAUGACAGACCUGCAGGCCUGAAAGACUUCAAAGAAAAAGAUUACAAAGAAGGACUAAGAACACUUUCUUGUGAGUGUGUGAGAAAGUGCGACACAUGCAUGUAUGUUUGUGUUAUUAAGAGACUUGUGUAAAUUGCUGGUGAACUUUUUACUGUAAAAUUUUUGUGUAUAAACAAUAUUUCAGUUUGGU